AUGGCCAAGGCUCAGGCCCAGGACCACCCCCCAUCCCCAGGACCACCCCCCAUCCCCACCCCCAGGCGUGCCCCCAAGUCUCCGCCCACGUGCGCCCCUGCUCUGCCCGCCCGGCACAGGGACCCUCCCCACUCUGACCCGGGCUGUGAGAGCCGCAAACGCCCGGAGUCCCCACCUGGGGCAGGCUCACCGCAGCCCCUGCUCCGGGCGGGACCCCUGCCCCCAGCGCUUCCACGGUUAUUGCUGCAAGUUCCAAGCCCCCGCGGCCCCCACCCCAGCACCUCGACCCCCGCGCACCCCAUCUGGAGGCGCCGCAUCCUUGCAAAAUGCCUGCAUGUCAAAGUUCUUGCCUCCCGGUUGGACGCGCCCUCCCCGCCCUGCUGGCUGCUGGCUCUGCAGUUUUCCAAAUGCGGACGAUGCCACGAGCCAAGAGAAAACUCCAGAGCACCCCCGGCUGGAGCCACGCGGCGCCGGCACCACGGCUCCCACCUCGCCGGCGGGCACACCCCCACCGCGGCGGCCGCCAGCAUCUACAGCUAUUCCAGAAGCUUCUCUGUGGGUUACCUCUAUCUUCAAAGCAUCCCUGAGAGCAAGGAUGUGCAGCUCGCCCGCCGAGACCACGUGGGGCUGGCCGUGCACGUCCGGUGGAACGUUCCACCGUGGCCGGAUGUGCUGUGCUUCCCGCACGGGCCACCGCACUGCACGUGGCUGCUGAGCUCUCACGGUGCGGCUGGCAUGGCUGCAGACCUGAACCUUCGGUUUGAUGUCAGUCAGUUAAUCUUAGUUUCAGUGGCCACAUGUGAGCAGCGGCUACUGUGCUGGGUGGUGGGAGAGAGAGAGGAUGGGGAGCGAAGCAGGAGGUCCUGGGCCCACAGAGAGAGCAGUUUGGGGAAGGGAUGGGCUUGUAGGUCAGAGGUCAGGGGAGGCCUCCGUCGGGGAUGGACAGGGGCCCAAAGGACGUCUGAGGUGCGGCGGCUGAAUGUCUGGGGAGGAGCACCCAGGCAGAGGGCGCUGGGAGGACAGAGGGCAGGAGGGAGGGCGGACGGACCUACGGUGGGGCUGGGCAGAGGUGUGCUGCUCAGGUGGGAAUGCUGCUCGGGUGGGAAUGCUGCCGGGGGCAGGGUCGAGCCGCGAGCCCCAGGCCACCAGGGCUGACGCUUCUCAGCGAGGCUGCGGUCCAGCGGGGAGGGGCACUCAGGUCCUGGCCAGACCUUGAGAGUUUGUCCACAAGAUUUGCUGACCCAGGGGAGAUGGUUACAGAGAAAGAGGGGUGUCAGGUGAGCGGUCCCACGGGGAAUAGGGUGCCUCUCCUGCGAAGGUGGGAGGGGAGGAAAGGGCAGGCGGGGACUUCGCUUCGUGGGAGGGGCCUCUGCCCGUGGGCUGGAAAAAGCCGGCCCCACCCCCCACGGAGCAAGAGGUACCCGAGCGGCUGUGAGGGGUGGAGGUGCUCCCUUCUCAGAGCCCCUUGCGGGGCUCGGAGGGGCCCCCGCGACCGGCCUGGGGGACCGUCUCACGGUGAGGAGCCCCUGGAACUCGGGUAACUGGAGGCAGGUGUGGUUUCUGGGUCCCUCGCCCAGUGGACCCCUCGCCCCUCACCCCUUGAGCCGAGGUAGGGGAGCCGGGAGCAGCUGCUGGAGAGCAGCGAUUUCCUGGAAGCGCUGAGGACAGUAAUGGAGCCUGAGCGGCCCCCUGGGGGAAGUGGCUUCUGCCUGAGAGCAUUUCCUGAAGCUCCAUCCCUGGCGGCACAGGGCGGGGGGCUAGGGCUGGGCAGGCAGCCCUCCCGUGCAUCCCACCCCAUCUGCCAGCCUGGGAAGAGAGGGGGUGCAGAGCCCAGGAGGCCCCACAGAGCCCGGCUCCAGCCUCACUGAGAGACCCUCGGGGGCCUGGGUGGGACGGGGCAAUGAGAGGCCACUCUGACCUCAGAGCCUCAGCUUCCUCGUCUGUGAAGUGGGGCCACAGCCCCUCCCGGGUGGUGAGGAGGCUGAGGUGUGGACAGAGCCCCUGGCCGAGACUCCAGCCACGGAAGCCCCCAGACAGCAUCACUGUCUCACCCACCAGAGGAGCUACUGGAUGGAUGGAUGGAUGGAUGGAUGACCUCAUCAAUGGUCAACACAGUCUCUGCAAUGGCCUCUCUCUGCUAAGAUGAGCCCAGCUUACCCAUCAGAGCACCUGAGCAGUCAGACGCCUCUCCAGCGAGUCCACGGAAGAUGCUUAUCGUCACCGGUCACCAGAGCAAUGACCGCGGUGGGACACCGCCUCAUACCACCGGGACGGCUGGAAAAAACAAGAGCCCCAAACCAGAACAUAACAAGUGAUAUUGUUAUCAGCGAGGACGUGGCGAAAUUUGAACGUCAGGUGUUGCUGGUGAGAAUGUAACACGGCGCAGCCACUGUGGAGAAUCGUCUGGCAGCUCCUCAAAAAGUCAAACCAUCACAACCAGCAAUUCUGCUCCUCGGUACGUGCCCCCAAAUGAAACAAGGACCCAAACAGAUACUCACACGCGAGGGCUCACAGCAGCCAAAUGGGGAAACCCAACGCCGGCUGCCAGUGGGCGGACAAACCGCACAGUGAAGCGAUUCAGCCACGCUGGCCACAAUGUGGACACAUCUAGGAGACACGGUGCUGAGUGAACAGGCCCAGACGCAGAAGGCCGUGUGUCGUGCGAUCCCAUUACACGAGCCGCUGGGGCAGGAGAAGCCACCAAGACCAAGCAGACGGAGGGAGGGGGAGACCAACCACCUGAUGGGAACCGGGCCCCCUUCGCGGGGAGGAGAACGUCCUGGAACCAGAGAGAGGUGGUGCUUGCAUGGCGCUGUGACUGUGCUAAAAUGCCCCGGAACUGUUUGCUUUUAAAUAGCUAAUUUUAUGUUGUGUGCAUUUCACCUCGAUUAAAAAACAACAGAAAAAGA